UCCAUGGAAGCGGAGGGUGGGGAGCGCAGGCUGGGGGCCGUCUGCCCCCGCUGGCGCUGCCCGUAGGGACCGGGGGGUGGCCCAGGCUGGGGAGGUGCGGGGGCCCCGUGGAAGGUGCAGUCAGUGUGUCCCCUUAUGAAUGGACAUGGCAGGACCCGCUAUACGCAUUGGGGAUCAGCUCAUCCUAGAAGAAGAUUAUGAUGAAACAUACAUACCCAGUGAGCAAGAAAUUCAGGAGUUUGCCAGGGAGAUAGGAAUUGACCCUGAGAAUGAGCCGGAGUUGAUGUGGCUGGCCAGAGAAGGCAUUGUGGCUCCUUUACCUCCAGAGUGGAAACCAUGUCAAGAUAUCACUGGCGACAUCUAUUACUUUAACUUUUCUAAUGGCCAGUCCACAUGGGACCACCCUUGUGAUGAACAUUACAGAGAACUUGUGAUCCAGGAGCGGGAGAAGCUUUCGGCUCAUGGCAGCAUUAAAAAGAAAGACAAGAAGAAGAAAAAAGACAAGAAGGAGAAGAAAGACAAGAAGGAGAGAGAGCCAAUGAAACCUGCUGCGGAAAUGCAGCCAGAGCCAGGGAUUCUUCCUUCAACAUCCUUUUAUCGAAUGUCCUCUCCCAUCCUGUCCUCUGAGUGUGCAAGUCCUGAUCUAGAUCAGGUUAGCCAGAUUAGAAACGAGGGCUUUCUUAAGAAAGGUAAAGGAAAGACCUCUGAGAGACCACCAGAGACAAGUGACUCAAACAGACAGUUGGCAGGGACUUCACCAAAUAAACUGCAGCCACUUCUCACAGCAAAGUCCAGCAGAACUCACCAGAUCUUAGCUGAUGUGGAGAAAAUUUUAGGAAGAACACCAUCUUUUAGCAAAUCGGAUGUAGACAACCAGCAGGGACAAGACAAGUCCCCAAAAAUUGGAGACCAGCCUUGUCUUGGUUUUUCUGACUCGGAGUCUGAAGGUUUAGAUGUUGUUAGGACAAAGUCCAUUUCUUAUGUGUCAAAGAAAUCGUGUUCACAAGACAUUGAGAAUGGGAGAAGUGUCCUUGAUUCCCCCGAGGUUCUGGAGGACACAGGUAUGCUCUUUGUUGAGGAAAAGCUGUCUGACAACCGGAAGAAGGAGGAAAUGACAGGAGAGAGUGUCUGUCAGCCUGAUGACGGCUUAUCAGUCAGAGAAAGAUCAACAGGGCCUGGUGGUGAUAAAGAAAGAGGCCCAGGUUUAUCACAAGCCGAUGAAAAUGAAGCUUUCUUGACCCCCAGUGCCCCUGACCAUAUUUUUUACAGCAGGAAAUGUGAAAUGAUUCUCUUUGAUGCCAGUCCCACAGAAGACCUGAGUUUGAUGGAGGAGGUUGAUGUUCACUGUCCCCAACGAGAGCUGAGGGUACACAGCAGAGCAGCUGAGAGCAGAAGGAAGAGAAAACUUCAGGAUCAGGCAUUGAGUCAAGCCACCAAACAUUGCAAGAGCAGUGAGGCUGUCGGCAAGUGUGAGAGAGAGAGCUCAAAGCAGGCAGAGUUUGUUGAAUCUGAAGGAGCAGGCCUAGAAGCAGCCCCGAAAAAAGACCUAUUCGACAGCCCCCUGGCAGUUCCUGAAGUGACUGCAGAUACAUUACCCUACACCAGACGGGUAGAAGUUUAUGCUCAAGCAGGAGCUGAUAUUUCUGCAUCAGAGCCUGUUUCUCUCUCUGCUGUACAGCACAAAGACAAGGAGAAGGCUAACGGUUUGGGGCCUGAACCUGACAGCAGUGUUACAAGCAAUUCAGCUGAUCAUUUUGCAUCACAGAUUUUGGGAGAGGUUGAUAACUUCUCCUGGGAUCUCCAGAGCUCUCGUGAGUCUGACAGACAGACAGACCUGGUUGCUGCUGUUGCUAAAGGGCCUCUACCCACUCACCCUUUCACAGGAACUCUCCCAACUCCACCACAAAGCUCAGCCAAUGGGAAGUCGCAGAGUGACUGUAACUCUGAGGAUGAGAAGUUCUAUCCGCAUGUGCAGGAAAACGAUCAAGUACCUAGUCAGGAACAUAGCUGUGUCAGUUUUAACAUGAAACUGAGUAGGUCACGUGAUGCCCCUGAGAAGAACAAUGAGGGCAGACAAGAAGAAACAGGAGAAGGAGAGCAAAGGACAGAGCCAGUUCCUAGAGGGCUAGAGGCAGAUUUGUUCACAGAGGGUUUACAGGUUUCUCCUGGUUGGCUUUAUCGGACAGCUGAGUGCCAGGAAAGCAGCAGGCUCUGUCGACAGGUGGAAGGAGAGUUGACCCAGAGUGGAAAAGUGACUGAGGAUUACAGCAAACUGGAGCUUUGUGAAGGAGCAGGCAGUAAUGAGUCUCCAGGUUCCCUGCUAGCACCUGUCCAAGUUCCCCCGGGGAGUCUUGCUCCUUUACGUGGUGUCGUGGAUGGUCCAGCCGGUGCCCUCCGUGGCUCGCUAAGCACCAGUGUGGAGAUUUCCGGGGUACCCAGUCCGCUGCUCAGAGAAGGAACUCUGCCUCCACAGACCCUUAAAUCCACCGACUGCACUAAGAGCUUGCUGGGAUCCAUGCAUGAGGAAAAAGCCUCCUUAAAUCUCCUAGCUCUAGAUGAAGGGGAAAAUGAAGAGGAAGAGAGUGAAAAUCAGAGUCCCCGUGGGACAGCGAGACUGCUCAAAAAUCUGCACAUGGAUAUUGGCGCCCUAGGAGGUGGCUUCGAGUAUGAGUUCAGAGGGGUGGCAGCAUCUGUGUGGUGUUCUGCCUGCAGGGCAGAGGAAGACAAUUGUGGUACCCGGUUAGCCAGUGUUACAGAACCUGGGCUCCAGCACCUAAGGAAUUCUGAAGAUGAAGCUGGAAGUCUGAGAGAGAAGGAGUCCUUGAAAGUGAGUCACGCUGAAGAAAGUCAAGCGUUUCCCUUGGAUUCUGAUGGUGUGCGCCCUCCAACUCCGGACAAACUGCUUAACAGUGAUGCUGACAGCAGCCUGUGUGGUCUGAACAAAGAGGAGCCCAAUGGGAAACCCAUGGGGAAUGAACUGUUAGAAAAGGAAGAUACCGAUGUAGAAGAUGCAGUUUCUGUAGCUUAUGAACAGUCAGGAACUCCGGGGGAAAGGACAGCGGAGGGGACAAAUGUGGUCAGCAGUCAAGGGCAUCCCGUAGCUGCAUCUCCAGAUGUUAGAGCUGCUGAGACAGAUCAGAUGGAAAGUGCGGCUGUCACCAUUGACACCAUGUCUGUCAAUGAAAAGAUUGUAAAUGGAGUGAGGGAAGAAGCAGCUGAUCUGAAAACCGACAGCAAGCUGGAUGCUGGCAAAGAGUCCGAGGCCAGUGAGCACGUGAAAGAAUUGCAGGUUUCUGACCGUUCGGAUCAUGAGCUGCUUCGUCUGAUGGACUUUGGUUUCCAAAGUCGGCUCUCUGAGCAGGUCCUGGAUAUGGGUAUUCUUUCUGCUGCUCUGGACAGCCCCAAAGUUGAGGCCCAGGGGCUGGGAGAAGAGGAAAAGGACCAAAGCAAAGCCAGCUUAGAAGAAGAGCAAAGCAAAAGAACCAAAGCUGCUGAGAGUGAGAGGGACCAGCGCCCCUUCAGUGCUUGCGAAAUGGCCGAAGAGAAGUGUUUAAGUUUAGAGAACGCCAGCCAGGAAGAGACUGCUGCCCUGGAGCAAAAGGAGGGAUCACUGGAUAGUCUGACCAAUCCGGAGGAGCCUGCAGCCACUCAUCAGGCGCAACUUGGGGAGGAAAUCAAACAAGUGGUGUCCUUGAACUGGCCUUCUGCAGAAUCCCUGGAGGAAAUAGCCAGGGAGCAGGAGCAGGAGCUGGAGCAAGAAAAAAUGCGUUUACUGCAAGCAAAGGAGAAGAAGGUUCAGCGAUUCCAGGAGGAGUUGAGGCAAGAGGAGGAGGAAGAAGCUCAAGUGCUUCAUCAGCAGAAAGAAAAGUCCCUCCGGUCUCUUAAAGAGGAGCUGGCGAAGGCUUCUGAGGAGGAAGAGCUGCGGAUGAGAGAGGAAGAGGUCGAAAAGCUCUCAAAGCUGCGAGCCCAGAUCAGCUCAGAGACUGAGACAGAAAAGGGGAAAAUAAGGGCUGAGCACGAGGCUGCAUUGCAAAGGCUGAGAGAGGAGUGGGAGUCCUUGCAGAAGGUGGAGAGGGAGAGCUUGGAGGAGAGGAAGAAACGUGUUUUGGAGAUGCUGAAGGUGGAAGUUGAGGAAGCACAGCAGAGAGAAGCGACAGAGCUAGAACAGGAGAAGGAGCGAGUCCUGAAUGAGUUAAAGGAGAGAUUAGAAAGAGAAAGAAAAGAGGCCGCAGAAGUGCUGGAGAAGCAGUUUGCAGCUGAGCUCCAGGAGCUAAAAUCGACAGCAGAAGAGAAACACCGAAAGGUUGUUUCCAGCCUCCGGAAGCAUCUAGCAGAGGCCCAGAGGAGUGAGGAGGCCCAGCUACAUGAGGAAUUGGAGAGAGCAGAGCAAAAAGUGCAGCAAAAAAUGUAUCGAGUAGCAGAGUUUGAGCGAGAGCUCAGUGAGCUCAUGAAAGAGAAACGCCAGGAAGUGGAGAGAGACCAUGACCGGAAAAUGGAGAGGAUGAAAGAGGAGCAUAAGGAAGUCCUGGCGAGGAUUCAGGAUCAGUACGAGGAGGAGGAGAGAAAGCAAAGAGCCAAGAAGCUCGAGGAGCUGACAGGGGAGCUGGAGCGCCUGAGACAGCUCCAUGAUGGGGAGCUGAGGGCUUUGCAGAAGCAGCUGGAUGAGCAGCUUAGUGACUUGCGGCAGAGCCACAAGGCGAAGGAACGAAAACUCCAGGAGUUGGAAAUGGAACUCGAAAUAAGAGCAAAAGAUGCCAGGGCCAGAUGUGCUCAGCUGAAUCACCAGGAAGAGGCCAUGAGAAAGAAAAGGCAGCAGCUUCUGGACGAAGAGAAACAAACUGAGCUGCAGAGAAAUGAAGCUGCCUUGGCCGCGCAGCUCCGCCUAGAGGAGUCUAGGAAAGCGCAUGCUGACCUUGUGGAAUCCAUCCGCCAGUUGCGCAGGACGCUGGAGGAGCUUCAAGACCAGAAAGCUGAGGUGGAGUCCCAGGUGGAUCUGUUGCAGACCCGAAGCCAGAGGCUGCAGAAACGGAUCAGUGAACUAGAGGCUGCAGUCAAGAGCAAACAGGAGACCCUGAAGGAGCUGGUAGCUGAAGAUAACAUGACAUCUCCCAGAAGGGAAGCUGAGCUCCACAUUGAGGACCUGAGAGAGACGCUUCAAGCUCACUCCUCCAGAGAGCCUGCUUCCUUAACCUCGCACAGCAAUGAGGAUAGUGACCUCCAACUUGACAAUGUCAGACGCUACAUUUCGGCAGAAGGCGUCUCCAUAAAGAAUGCCAAGGAGUUCCUGGUGCGUCAGACUCGCUCCAUGAGGAAAAGGCAUACUGCACUGAAAGCUGCAAAGCAGCAGUGGCACCACAACCUGCAGCGGGCCCAGGACGCAGUGCAGGACCCUGACAGCUCUCAGCUCCUGGAGGACGUGCGGCGGAACUUGGAGGAGGAAUCCGAGCAGCUGGACAAGAUGAAGUCGGCCAUGCGGAAAGGACAGGUGCUGCUGAAGAAGAAGGAAGAGAAGCUGAGCCAACUGGAGUCUUCGCUGCUGGAAGAGCUUUCUGAUGAAGAUACACUGAAGGGUGCUGCGUGUAAAAAGGUGGUAACCUUUGACCUUAGUGAUUCCGAAGACACACACAGCCUGAGCAGCACAGAUGUACCUCAGCACAAAUUUGACUUGAAACCAGACGUCCAGUUCCCCCAGCUCGACAAGAUCCAGCACUUGACCAACACUCUGCAGCACAUCACCGCUGAGCUGAACGGGGUCCUUGGCACCUUGGGCUCUUUGAACCAUCAGCAGCCUCCGCUCUUCACUGCUGUGCGGGUGCCGAUGGCCGCUCUGCCCAGCGAUGGGGUUCCUCUGUCCACAUACACCUCUUUGGCAAGAGCCCAGGCUGCUGGCCCCAUUGUGCCUCCUGCUGCGAUGCCUUUGGUUAACCAGUGGGCAUGGAGCACCGGUUUGAACUCCGGCCUCUCUUCCUCGGCCAGUCAGUCAGUGGACAACAUACUGGCAGAGAAAUGGCGCAAGUAUUUCCCAGGUGGAGGGAGCCCAUUGUAGAGUCCGACCAUGCUGGCCACACUGAUGACUGCGCUGUUCUUCAUGGUGAGAGCGUUCGGACAGCUCGGAACCAGCCUGUUCCAUGAGGAGCCGCUGCCCUAUCUUGUGUACCAGCCCCUGCCUUGGCAGGUCCAGUACGUGACCCAGAGCCGCCGAGCCAGCCGGGACUGUGGGAAAGGUGGGAGCUCUCGGCACGACAGCAUCUACUCGCGGAAAGGUAACGUGGUUCCUGAUUCGAGCAGCAAGAGCGAGUGCUUGUGUGACCCGACCGAGCGGGCUGCCGUCACCAUCCAGACCCACUACAGGAAAUACCAGCAGCACAAGCAGGAGAAGAAAUAGCCGUGGCCGGGAUCCCUUUCUUACGUGUUGUUGUGUUGGUUUUCCUUGUGAAUGAGAAGUUUUUCGGUCACUGUUGUGGUGGCUCCCUGGAUCCACACUAGCCUGCUGUCUGCUUCCUUCUCAAUAGCACUGCCUGUGUGCAGAGGUUUAGAGACGUGUCCGUGUUUGUCAGGGUGUCUACGCUGGCCCUCAAUUGCAAGCCUCGUGACAAGCCCAUCCCCACGUAUCACAGCCCCAGCCGGGGGUCUGAGCAGGGCGCAGGGAGAGCAAGUGUUUGACUGGAUGGGAAUUGGAGUCCAGAGACUGACACGGAGCCCAGCUUUGAGACCUGCAGGCCCAAAUCUCAGAUUUGUGGGUGCUAAUUGGGGCUCCAGAACCCUAACGCCGUCUUCGGUGCUGGAGUGUCCGAGUGCCCAUUGGUGGGAUGUAGGUGCUCGUUUUUGCACACUACUCUUUUCCCAUCUUUCUGGCCUCUCGCACCCAAGGAGGUGGGAGGGAGGGAAUAGGGGGGCCACAUCUAGCAUCUCUAAGCAUCUGGGCCUGUCUGAAAUUGGCGUAGGGCAGGACUCCCCUCCCUGAGUGCUGUGCCGUGCCGAGCUAGGUUCACUGUGGCCUCUCGUGGGACAGGUGCUGGUGCCACCAUGAGCUGCUAGAUCUGGAAUUAAUCCCUCCAUGGUGAACCGGAGCUCUUGGGCCAGCUCCACCGUCUGGCCAUGUGGCAGCAGUUGACUGGGCAGGAGGUAGAAGUCCCAUGUCCAUGUAAUAACUAACGUGGCGUGCCAGGGCAUGUCCUGCCUGCUCUGGAGCCCUUGUGGGAGCAGGUCUGUCUCCUGGAGCCGCAGCAGGGCCCAGAGUAGGA